GACUUAUUCAAUAACAAUGAAGACUGCACAUAUCUCUUUCAUCUUGGCCGUCCCCUCACUCGCGCUCGCCAGGUGCCCACCAACAGGACCCGUUCUCCCACCUCCUUCAAACCUCCAAUCAUUGGAUCUCUCAACCCUCGCAAACAUUCUCGAUGGCCUUUCAUCCGGAAACAACACCUCGAAGUGGAACAGCUCAACUACUUCAAUCUCCACCGAAAUCACUUCAGCCAAUUCUACCUUUUUCACCUACAACUAUACGGCUCCAGUUCGCAACGAAUCAGGAGUGGGAGUAGUUGAUAAUAACACGAUAUUUCGUGUUGCAAGCGUGACAAACGUAUUCACGGUCCUCGCCGUUCUCCUCGAGAAUAAUGUAAAGAUGGAAGACUUGGUCUCCGAGUUCAUUCCUGAGUUGAAUGAUCCGAAAUGGGCUGAGGUUAGUAUCGGAAUGCUCACGAGUCAGAUAUCUGGUACUCCGCGGGAUGAGUUCUUCAACCUUCUUCUCCAAGAUGACCUUAGUUGGCAGCCAGGAGACCGAGCAGCGUACUCAGACAUCGCAUACAUUCUCCUAGGGUACGCACUUGAGAAUACCACCGGCAUCCCUUACACCCAACUCGUCUCCAACAAGAUCACAAGUCCACUGAAGCUUCAAAAUACUGGUUUUGAUCUUCCAUCCUUGUCCAAAGCAAUUGUGCCUGUAGGCUUACAAUGGUUUACCAACGGAUUUGACUAUUACAAAGCUACCGCAGGUCUCUACUCCACAACCCACGACCUUUCUAUCUUCCUCCGUGCCAUCUUAAAUUCUACUCUCCUCACACCACCCCAGACCCGCGCCUGGCUCAAGCCCCACGCCUUCACCUCCUCAACGAACGCCGUCGGCGCACCCUGGGAGAUCUACCGCCCAUCCUCCCUUACACCAACACCGCGUUAUAUCGACCACUACACAAAACAAGGCAACGUCCCUGGAUACUCCGCGCUCAUUAUUGUGGUCCCCGAAUACGAGGUGGGAGUGGCGAUCGCGGUUGCGGGUGAGGAUGCGUAUACGGCCAGCAUCGAACUUUUCAAUGCUGUAGAGGCGGAACUUCAAGCGUUGGCCAAGUAUGGUGGGCGCUAUGUCUCUGGAAACUCGUCGCUGGAGGUAACCAUUGAUUCUGGACCAGGGAUGAAGAUUCCCAAGUGGACGAAUCUUGGGAAAGACAUGCUGUUCGCUUUUGACAGUAUUUUGUUUGAUGGGAACGGGACUAUGUUGGACGCUAGGGUAUAUCCUGUUAGUGAAGGAGAGAGGUGGAGGACUGUGUUUGAAGAGGAUGGGAGAGAAAGUGGGGAGGCGGUCACAAGUACCGCGUGUAUGACUUGGGAAGCGGUUGAUCAAUUGAGAUAUGCUGGACUCCCAUGUGAUGAAGUUAAUUUCCAGGCUGGUGGGAGAGGAGAAAUUGUGGGGGUGAAGAUUCCAGGGUUGAGAGCCCAUUUGUACAAGGAUUGA